AUGCGGAUGGGCAUUAUAGGAGCAUACAGAUACGUUCUGAGCGAGUCACUCUAUUUUAGAAGGGCUGUUCUUCUGCAGCCACUGACUCCUUUGGGCUCGGAUAAAAAGUACACAUUUUCUGGGUUAUUCGGGAAUCUUCUGUGCAUGUGCGCAUCUAUGCUUGCAAGCGCCUCCUCCUACAAGACCCUUUCUUCUUACGACGGAAAGUCUCCCUUCUUCCUGUACAUAUCCAUGGGAAAGGGCUUUGGCCUAUUUGCAGCUGCUUUUCUCCUGGGAGUUAUUUCUUACUCCGGGAUAUUCGGGUUUUCUAUCGUUGAGUCUGGGUACGUUAUAGCAUACUCUUUCUCCGCAGUUCUCCCCGUGGGAAUAUUCGGGAAGUCCCUGCAGCUGUACUUCACAGGAUAUUCCGGCCUGGGAGUGGCAGUUCUCGCAUGCUCUGGGGCCGUAUCAGGCUUCUUCGUCUGGGGAAACUCCGUGCACAAAGAGAAAGUAGGGAAGAGGAUCCUGAACGCAUGCUCAUGCUUUGCCGUGCAGCUGCUUCUCUCUGUUUUCUCGGACUCCGAGGUCUUUGGAGUCUUUGUCUU